ACAGCCCGGCCGCGGCGGAGGGAGAAGCGGCGGCGGCAGCGGCAGCGCCCGGCCCCUCCGCGCAGCAUGGCGCAGCAGCGCCCGCCGCCCGCCGCCGCCUGAGGCGCCCCGCGGCGCCGAGCCGAGCCCGCGCCCAUGGCGGCACCGCCGCCCGCCCUCAGCUGGGCGCUGCCCCUGCUGGCGGCGCUGGCGGGCGCCGGCGGCCCCCAGAGCUUCGAGCUGCCGGGGCCCCGCAUCGACAACAUCGAGGUGAGCGGCGGCGGCGUGCUGGUGGCGGGCGGCAGCUGCCUCUACGAGCUGCGGCCCGAGCUGCGACCCCGCCGCCGCGUGGUGCCGGCGGCCGCGGGGCAGGGCUGCGGGGAGCCCCCCGGCAUGCGGAGCAACCUGCUGCUGCCCUACGAGGAAGCCGGCGGGAAGGGCGUCCUGCUGGCCGGCUGGACCCAGAAGGACGGCACCUGCCAGGUGUGGGAGCAGCCGGCCUACCGGCAGCGCCUGAACCGCAGCGAGGUGGUCAGCUGCCUGCCCGACGGCUCCACCGCCGGUGUUGUCUUCCAGCUGGCUGGCGCCUGGUACCUGGCUGUGGCGGCCACCUACUCGGCUGGCGCCUAUGGGAUCCAUCAGGGUUGUGAGCCCUCCCAGUCCGACGAGGCCACUGUCAUCACUGUGCGCAGCAUUGGCAACCUGGAGUCCAAAGAGGAGCUGGGCAUCAUCAAGCGCAAGGAGGAGCCUUUGCACUUUGUUGACGCGCUCCAGUGGGGAGACCACCUCUUCUUUCCCUACUACAGGUUGAAGGCCAGGUUGGGCAACGAUACGGAGCCACCGAGCAUGGCUGUCCUGCGCCAGCUGCACCCCUCGGAGGGUGGCCUUACUUUGCAAGGGCACGUGUAUUUGGACUGUGGGUGCAGGAGCCUUAUCGUUUCUUCCAGCCUUGUUCGCCAGGGCGAUCAGGGCUGGUGGGUGGGUGUUUUCAACCACAGCCACAGUGCCAGGGCCUGGAAUGCCACUGCUGUCUGCAUCUUCGGGAUGGAGGAGAUGAAGGAGCAAGCCUGCGCGUCCACACACUUCAUCAUGAAUGGGAAGAGCUGUGAGGCACGAUCAAUCAAGAAAUUACCUACCUUGAUUCACUCUGGAUUAGUGGCUGUUUAUGGCACAGUUGUUAUGAAUCAGAUAGUUCUCUUUUUGGGAACAGACGAUGGACAAUUACUGAAGGCUAUUCUUAAUGAGGAUAUGGAAUCUAAUUGCCCAGAGGUUUUAUACGAAAUUAAGGAAGAAACCUCCAUUUUCCCCAAACUUCGACUUGAUCCAGUAGAUAACAACUACAUCUAUCUGUCCUCUGCCAAUAAGGUAAGAAGAAUACCAGUUGCAAAUUGUGGCAGAUAUGUUUCCCAGCAAGAAUGCUUAUCUGCAAAGGAUCCUUACUGUGGGUGGUGUUCUUCAAAUCAAAGGUGCACUUUAAAAGAAAAUUGUACAGGGUCGAAUAGCACAAAGGGUUGGUAUGACAUUUCACAUGCACCUGAUAAAGAUCUGAAAAUCUUGCUAAGUUUCCCUGCCAAAAAUCAGGUUGCCGUGGCUGCAAGCGUAAACACAAUCCUUACUUCCUGUGUAAUCAAAAUUGUAAAACCUGUUGAAAUAUUUUAUGAAAAUGUAGUGCUGAAAAACUCAUCCUGUUUCUGCAAUCUAACCACUCCAGUGAUAACUGAUAAUGAUUGUCUAGUACUCGAAGCAUCGCUGUCCUCAAGCUCUUGGAAUAUGACACAAACAGUUCGGUUGAAAAACUGCUCACGCUGUAUACACAAGGGUGAGUGUGCCAGAUGUAAAUGGACGCGUGUCUCUCCUGCCACCACCUGCCAGGAUAGUUGCAAUGCAGCUGCUUCGAAGGGGAUCACCACUGCGCAGAAAACAGAGCAUAUCAGCAUUCAUUCCAUUGAACCUUUGUGGAUUUCUACAUUAGGCAAAAGUGAAAUAACAGUCAAAGGAGAAAACUUCACACGUGCAUCAGGCAUAAAAUUGAUACUGACUGGAAUCACUGGCUGUAAACCAGACAUCAUUAAAGUUAGAAAUGUGCUAAAUGAUACGCAAAUGACAUUUGCUCUCCCACCAACACGUAAAGAGGCCAAAAGUAUAUGUAUACAGGCUGACGGGAAAAAGUGUUCGCCACCAAUGACCCUGCAUUACGUUUCACUGCCAUCAUGUUUUAGAAUCACACCAAAUACCUCCUGGAUCAGUGGUGGUCGCAAAAUUACUACGAUUGGUAGAAAUUUUAAUGUAGUGGACAGUGUGAUUAUUUCAGAUGACCAGAGAUCAAACCUCACCGUCUCUAGGUGUCCUGGAAAUGAAUCUGAAUAUCAUUACUUAACACCAAGCCUGAGCCAUGCAACAGAGGGUAAAGUUGUUGAUAUGAUGUUAAAAGUGGAAACUACCUUUAUACCAUGUGUCAAAUUACACUAUCACCCUGACCCAGUGUUCAUUAACUACCAGCUGCACACAGAGCUGGAUCCUGAUCUGGAAUUAAAAAUAUAUAAAGAAAAUGACAACUUGAAUAUUUCUAAAACAGAGGUAGAGGUUUAUCUGUCGUAUAUGAAUGGUGCACAGACCAAAAAGAUAUUGUUCAGUGUCCAAAACAUCACCAAAAACACAGACCGUAGCACCAUACUGUGCAAAUUCAAAAGGGACGGAACAGAGAAGAUUGACUUUUCCACAGUGAAAGUUUUUGUCAAAUUAGGAAACCUUGAACAUGAAGUCAAACCAACAUCAUCACACAUAUAUUUAUAUGUUCUUAUUUUGCUACCUAUCAUAUUGUGUGUCAUUAUAGUGGCAUUUGCAGUUACUAGAUACAAAUCCAAAGAGUUAACUCGUAAACAGAGCCAGCAACUUGAACUGCUGGAAUAUGAGAUUCGGAAAGAAAUACGCGAGGGAUUUGCUGAACUGCAGAUGGAUGAGUUAGACGUGGUGGAUAGUUUUGGAACCGUUCCCUUCCUUGACUACAAACACUUUGCUCUUAGAACUUUCUUUCCAGAGUCAGGAGGCUUUGCAUCCAUCUUCAGUGAAGACAUGCCACAGAGCAGAGACCAAACGAGCAAGGAUGAAAGCUUCAACAUGUUGCAUGCUUUAAUUUGUAACAAGAACUUUCUUGUUACUCUCAUUCACACCCUUGAAAAGCAGAAAAAUUUCUCUGUGAAAGACAGGUGCUUGUUUGCAUCCUUCUUGACUAUUGUACUACAAACUAAGCUAGUUUAUCUAACCCAUAUUUUGGAAGUGUUGACAAAGGACCUGAUGGAGCAGUCAAGCAAUGUACAGCCUAAGCUCCUGCUCAGACGAACUGAAUCUGUGGUGGAAAAAUUGCUGACAAACUGGAUGUCUGUCUGCCUUUCUGGAUUUCUCCGGGAGACAAUUGGUGAACCUUUCUAUUUGCUAGUGACAACCCUCAAUCAGAGGAUAAACAAAGGACCCGUUGACGCGAUAACUUGCAAAGCCCUGUACACGCUUAAUGAAGACUGGCUGCUGUGGCAAGUGUCGGAAUUCAAAACAGUGACUCUGAACGUUAUCUUCGAAAAAAUUUCAGAGAAUGAGAGUGGAGAUGCCUGUCAGACUAUCCCAGUUAAUGUUCUGGACUGUGACACCAUAGGCCAAGCCAAGGAGAAGAGUCUUCAGGCUUUCCUUAAUAAGAAUGGCUUUCUCUAUGGUCUUCAGCUGGAUGAAGUUGGUCUUGAACUUGUGUCGGAGGAGCAGCAAAGAGAAUUGUUGGAUAUUGAUGGUUCCUCAGAGGUGAUGGAGGAUGGGAUCAGGAAGCUAAAUACCAUCGGUCAUUACGAGAUUUCAAAUGGAGCCACCAUAAAAGUCUUUAAAAAGAAGGCAAAUACUCGAUCAGAUGUGGACUACUCAGAUGAACACUGUCAUUUGAUUUUACCAGACUCCGAAGCAAACAAAGAUGUGAAAGGAGCAGGUCACAAAGGGAAGCAAAAAUUCAAAGUCAAAGAAAUGUAUCUGACAAAGCUUCUGUCAACCAAGGUUGCAAUUCACUCGGUUGUUGAAAAGCUCUUCAGGAGCAUUUGGAGUUUACCCAACAAUAAAGCACCCGUUGCCAUCAAGUACUUUUUUGACUUUCUGGAUGCCCAGGCUGAGAGCAAAAAAAUUACUGACCCUGAUGUGGUGCAUAUCUGGAAAACCAACAGUCUUCCUCUUCGCUUUUGGGUGAACAUCCUGAAGAAUCCUCAAUUUGUCUUUGACAUUAAGAAGACUUCACAUAUAGAUGGCUGCUUGUCUGUAAUCGCACAAGCUUUCAUGGAUGCCUUUUCUCUAGCAGAACAGACACUGGGGAAGGAAGCACCAACAAAUAAACUUCUUUACGCUAAGGACAUUCCACUCUACAAGAAGGAGGUGAAAGCGUACUACAAAGCCAUCAGGGAUCUGCCUCCACUGACCACUUUAGAGGUUGAAGAAUUUCUAACUCAGGAAUCUAUGAAACACGAAAAUGAAUUUAAUGAGAAAGUGGCCUUGAUUGAAAUCUACAGAUACAUAGUGAAAUAUUAUGAUGAGAUUGUCAGCAAACUCGAGCGAGAACGGGGGUUUGAAGAAGUCCAGAAACAGCUCCAGCAAGUAAAAGCCUUAUUUGAUGAAAAGAAAAAAUGCAAAUGGCUUUGAGCAGAGCACUGACUCACAGCAUCACUGUGGGGGAUUUUCAGUAAGUGCUACUGCUCCCUAAACUGUUUUGACUGACUAUAUGUACAGGGUUUGAAACAUUUGGACGCUCUUCUCCACUCUGACCAUUCCAAGUAACAGCUACGUUUGGGAAUGAUGUACGAUCAGGGUUACAUAUUCAAACAUGGGCACGUGAAAGCGAAAGUGAGUCUCGUGUUGGCAGGGCCAGCAUUUUUAGGUACUUGAACACACAUACCUUUUGGUUCAAAAAUACUGCCUAAGUAAGCUUUCUGCUUACUUAUAAACAAGCUCGUAGGAGAUGCACAAAGCACACUGCAAGUUCAGAGUUGCCCGUGUGAACUUGUGAGUAGCUUGGCUCUUUUUUUUUAAGAGAGAAAGCUGAUGUUUCGCCACAUCCUUUAAGCAGCCCUGGCAACCUGUGAGGAAGAGUUCCGGCUUCAGAAUACGGGUCAGCUGCAGUUUCCUUCCUUCCAGACAGAUGUACACUGGUUCCUGUUUGGGAAAAAAAGACAAAAAAAAGGCACCAAAGUGACGCUUGGGACAACUGUGUUUGGCAGAAGAAGUGUGUCUGAGGUUUGAAGUCCAAAUGCGUCAUGGCAGGACUUCUCUUCCUUAGGUUAGAAAUUCCAUGUGCAAAGUGAAGCCCACACUGAGCAGGGGAGGAGGUUUUUGAAGACGGGCACCAGACCGGCAUCAGUCUGCGUUUACAUUUCUACCUUUCCAUCCUUGAAUAAGCUGUGAAACACUUGGGACCAGCUUCACAGGUGAAACCUGCACCGCAUCAGAACACCAUUGUGAUUUGAUGAAGCAGCUGCCGAUAGCUGCACAAACCUGCACUCAGGUGCAUGAUCAGCCUGUGCACCGGUGCCGAGAGUCUUGCCCAGUCUUGCCGUCCUCCUGCAAAGGCCUCACAAACCUAAAGCCAGCAUUUUAUUUAUUUUUCUUUCCAGGUUGUCCACACAAAGGCUUCAUCAAAAGCCUUGUUAGUUUAAUAAAGUGUAAGAACAGGAGGGCGGGUGUAAUCUCUGAGUGAUGCAAACACGAGAGCUGGGCUUGGAGAUGGGGAGGGAGUAACUGUCUGCCUUAGUCCUGCCGGGGUGUGUUUUGAGGCUUGCCUGGUUUCAAAGCAAGGUGUCCAUUACAUUUGCAUUGGUGGCUAACAUUAGCCCAGCUGGCAAGCAGGCUCGUGGCCAUGCUGCUGAAACAGGGCUGGCGCAGCAGCUGCCGUGCAAAGGCAGGGAGGAGCAGCCGCGGCUCUGGCGCUGCGGCUGUACCAGCACAGUCCUGUCCUCCUCCACAGCACCGAAAGCUUUGUUGGAAAAAAAUCAAACACACACACACAAAAAAAAUAACGUUGCCUACUGGUCUGCCCCCUCCCUACCGUGUGAUUGCACAAGUUGUACCUCUUGCAUAUCAGAGAGGGCAGCCAGCAACCCAUACUGUGAUGGCUUUUUUUUUUUUAAUUCAAGUCUUAUAUUUGCUGUUAAGUUUACACUUUAUACUUGAUGGAAUGUAUGGCUUUGUUCAGGAAACUGCACUACAAUGUUGCAGUACUUUCAGCAGUUCUCGACUCUGCCUGGCACAAUAUAUUUUGAUAUGUUUAAUUUUAAUUGGAAAAAAAAAAAAAUUGAUAAACAUCCCAACCCUAAGUUAUCUUGCCCUCUGUCCUAAAGGAGUGAACUGUGGCUUGAGAAGCACUUAAGCUUAGAAUAUCUGUACUUAAGGGCUUAAUUUUUAAUCAUUCUUAACCUAACAUUUAAAAGCACCAUCAAAUAAAUGUUAAAAAGCACAGUAAUUAAUAUUAAAGGAGGAGCAUAAGCAGAUUACUCUUUCCAGCUAGAAAGAUGUCUCAGCAGUUCUGUUCCACUUCAGGUGUUUGCUGGCAGUGCAGUCGGAUGAACUAUGAUUGAUAGUUUUGUUCAACAGUAACCUUCUGUACAGGCAGAAAGAAAACCCCCAAGAUUUCUGCUUGAAAAAAAAGCUGUAAAAUAUAAUCUGUUUGCGUGUGUCUGAUCCUGUGAACUUCACUAUGUGUGUUUAUAUGAUGAGGAAAUGAAAAAAAAAAUCAGUCCUAUUCUGUAUUUGUACUACUGCUUGUUUGCUACAAUAGCUUUAAUGAUUUCUAGAGAUUACGUAUGUGUUGAAGCAGGUCCUGUAGCUUUAGCCUACAGCCUGGAAUAGGGUUAUUGCCUUUUAUUCAAGCCUCCUAAACAGUGUCACUCUGUUAGUAAACCAUGUGAAGUCAUGCUGGGACUUUGUAACCCAUCAAGUGGAUCUCACGAAGUGAUGUGAAGUAUAAUUAAGUGAUUGUGACUCGUUUUGGUAGGUUUGGGUCAGCACACAAAGCAUCAGCACACCUUCCGUAUUUGCAAUUCACUGUUACUGCUACACGGACAAAAGGAACCACCUCUGACUAAAGCUGUAUUACGGCAACCCAACAAUUCUAACAGCAUUCUCUGAAAUGAAAGCAAACUUCUCUAUUUUCACAUGUUUACAGGCAAACUGCUAUGACAAAGAGCAUAUUUUCUAACACUAGCUUACAGAGCAUUAUUUUGCAGUCAUCUAGUUUAAAGUCAGAUCUUACUAAUGUGUAAAGUAAUUCCUGUUGUACAGAAGUUAACCUGUUGUUUAAAAUGAAUGGUUAAAAAAAAGUGCAAAUGACAAAUACAUGUUGGUGUUUGUAUGGGUUUAUCUAGAAUAAAAUGCAUUUGGAGGUUA